GAACACAACGUGGUUAUCACUGAAUUUUGCUUCUGAAGAUUCGAUACUAUGAUUUAUGAAUUGUGAAUUGCAUUACUAUCUUGUGUCUACUGGGUAUUAGCGUUUGCACAUUAAAAUUUUACACCGGUACGGAUUGAAUAUAAGUUGAAUAACCCGAAAUUCUUGAUAUCUUUUAUUAGUAUACCUAAUAUUUUUUUUCAAUAAUAAUUCAAGAUAUUAUUUUUUUCAGUUUUGUCAUAAUUAAUAAUAAUAUAUUUCUUUACAAUUCUACUUUUAAGAGAAUACAUUAACCUUUUCUAGUUAAUUUAUUGAAUUAUUUUUUUAUCUGCUAUGGCAAGUGUAUGCCGAAUAUUUUGUCAGAACAUUAAAAAUGUGUCGUUAUCAAAGAUAAUUACAACAAAAUUACGAAUGUCUUCAAAGGAAUUUAUUCGACUUUAUAGUCAAAGUGAUCAACAAGAUAACAAUACUCUUAAACAUGGUGCUUUUGCUGAGUUUUAUGAAAAAACCAAAGAAAACAAACAAGUUGUUAAAGAAGACCAAGACUUUGAAGUGCUAUUGAGAGAUUCAAAUUUUAUAAAUCUUGGUGACCCUGAAGGUAAACAAGUGAUCGGAACAAUAUUUCAUAUUGUUGAUAAUGAUUUAUAUAUUGAUUUUGGAUGGAAAUUCCAUUGUGUUUGUACAAGACCUAUUAAAAAUGCAGAUUCUUUUGUACGAGGAUCACAAGUAAAAUUAAGAAUCAAAUCCUUAGAAUUAGCUACCCGGUUUUUGGGUUCUGAAAAAGAUUUGACUCUACUUGAAGCAGAUGCAGCUCUUUUAGGUCUUCACAAACCAUUAAGAUAUUAGAAAAAACUAUUCAUGCUUUUAUCUAUUGUAAAAUUAUAUUAGCUUAGCAAUUUUUUGUAUGUUUAUUUUAAAACACUUGUAAAUUAUAAGUUUAAUUUAUGUAAAUUAA